AUGACUCCCCUCUCCUCCACCCUUCAGAGACCGGCGUCCACAUUCCUCAUGCCCCCUAGUCCCAGUGAUGGUCGCCGUAGCGGCGCGGAUUACCGCCCAAGCAUCCGCAAGGCACAAGGCCAUGUGCCAGCCUGCCUGGUCAAUGCUUCGGUGACGUAUUGCAAUAAUGACCAGAUCUACGCUUUCGGCGGCUUUGAUCAGUACACUGAUGAAGUUUACAACCACGUCUUGCGUCUGAAUCUCAGUACUCUUCGGUGGGAACUGGUUGAUAACUAUGGUGACAUUCCCGGUGUCCGCAUGGGUCAUACGGCUACCCUCUACCAAGGUGAUAAGUUGAUUGUAUUUGGUGGAGAAAAUGAACACCGCGACCAUCUAUCUGACGUUGUCAUCCUGGACAUCUCAACCUCUACCUGGACUCAGCCGGAAAUCCAUGGACCCAUUCCCCGAGGAAGGGCUCGCCAUGCUGCCGUCAUCCACGAUGAGAAGCUCUUCAUCAUGGGAGGAGUAACCGGCGAGAACAAUGUGAUCCUCGACGACUUGUCUUAUCUGGACCUGAAAACCUGGACCUGGUCUCGCACCUGGAGAUUCACGGCUCGUUUCGACCACAUCGCCUGGGUUUGGGGCGGCCGCCUCUGGAUCUUUGGAGGUCUCGAUCCUGACAUGGAACGUACAACGGAUAUCUGGUGGCUGGAUCUCAAAGGCAUUCCGUCUCUUGGAACGGCAACUUCACAAGGUACCGUGGAUUCCCCAGCGCCAACCAGCAGGAUGACUUAUAGUCCAGACGCUAUCUUUAGUAGCCCCCCGCAACAGCUCUCGGGCCGGUCCGGCAGCUAUGCAGCGAAUUCCGGGAGUGUCCAAGUUCGCAAUGGCAAUCGUCGGAAACCGAUCGCUCCGGGCGCCAUUUCUUGUCUUCGGUUCAAGUCCGGCCCUCACGUUCCUGCACUGUUCUCUGGCACUCACUUUCAGGCCUAUGCAUCUGGGGUGCUCCUGGAUCUGAUCACUCCGUCCGAGACAGUGCGUACUUAUGAGUGCAACCUGUCAUCACUGGAUCUGGACGCUUUACGUUGGCAGCGGUUGGCUGACGGGCAGGAAAUCUUUAAGCCGGGCUUUAGAUGGCAUUAUUGCACUGUGAACGCUGACGGUACCAAAGCGUGGCUACUUGGUAGUAGCCUCGACACCGGUGCAACUUCGGGAAAUAGUGAUGAGAAUAACAUGAGCGAGGUGCUCUGCAUUGACCUUGAGAGAUACGGCUUACUGGGAAACGAGCUGUCUGCCUUCUCGCCCAGUCAAAGCCGGACGUCGCUUUCCGAACCAACAGGGAUGGGCCCUUUGUCCGGUUUAGGAGCAGACCUUUCGGCAGCGUUUGAUCAACCACCAGAGUCUGGUAGCGGUGCAGACUUUAUCAUUACCGCUAAUUCAGACGAUCAGGUUGACUCGGACGAUGAGGGGGACACCCCCACUUCACAAUCAGAGCCAGCCUUCCUCUCUCCCAACACACCUACUUCACCUCCGAUUCAUGUGCACCGGAUCAUUCUGCAGCUGCGAUGGCCCCACUUCAAGAGGCUUUAUUCGGCUCAAAUGGCCGAAUAUCAUGCAAACAGGAUGCACAUCCCCGAGCCGUACUCGGUUGUGCGUGCGUUUAUCUACUAUCUGUAUACAGAUAGUAUCGCCGGUCAUUUGGAGUUUUGUUCUGAUAUCAUCGACGUUGCGGGAAUGCUCGUCAUGGCGAAUAUGUACGACAUGCCCAAGUUGCGCUUACUUUGCGUCAAUCGCCUUAGUCGCGAAUUGGAUGUAGAGAACGCUGCAAUCAUCUGGGAGCGUGCAGGGCGCACGAACGAAGAGUGGCUGAUGCGUCGUGCCGCUCAAUUCUGCCUUGCCAAUUGGGGACGUGUUGUCCGGACCGAUGGCUUCAAGUCUCUAAGCCGGCAGAGUUUGAUCGAUCUGUGCGAGGUAGUCGACACCGAGGGUCGUAUCAUCGCCGGGCCCGAGUUGGAGAUGGUUGGUGCUUUCGGAGAAGGAUACGGAUCGAAUAAGGAUCCGAAGCCUUCCCAAAUGGCCCUGAGCGGUGCUAUGGCUGACAAUAUGGAGGACAUUGAUGGUGAUGAUAUUGAUGGCAUGGACAUCAUUUAA